AUGUCAUUGAAGGAUUUUUAGAUUUUGUAAGAGUUAGGUGAAGGAGCGUAUUCAAAGGUGUAUAAAAUAAAGAGAAUUGCAGAUCAAUAGGAAUAUGCUCUAAAAAAGGUUAAACUCCAAUCGCUUUCUGAUAAGGAGAAACAGAAUGCUCUCAAUGAGGUAAGGAUUUUAGCAAGUGUCAGACAUGCAAAUGUCAUUCAAUAUAAAGAAGCGUUUUUAGAAGAAUAGUCUUAAAGUUUGUGUAUUGUAAUGGAAUAUGCAGAUGAUGGUGAUCUGUUUCAAAAAAUAAUAGAGAGUCAGAAAAAAGGAGUUCUCAUGCCCGAGAAAGAUAUAUGGAAUAUCUUAAUUUAAAUAGUAAAGGGACUCAAAGCAUUGCAUGACAUGAAAAUAUACCACAGGGAUUUGAAAUCAGCAAAUGUAUUUAUGAAUAGUGAUGGAACUGUCAAAUUGGGUGAUAUGAAUGUAUCUAAAGUUGCCAAGAAAAUAUUGCUCUACACUCAAACUGGAACACCUUACUACGCAUCUCCAGAAGUGUGGAAAGAUUAGCCCUACGAUUCUAAGUCAGACAUUUGGUCUUUGGGCUGUGUUUUGUAUGAAAUGACAACUCUCAAGCCACCCUUUAGAGCAGAAGAUAUGAGUGGUCUUUAUAAAAAGGUUGUCAAAGGAUACUACCCUAAAAUACCCACUAUCUAUAGUUAAGACCUAAGCAAUGUGAUAAGAGCACUCCUACAAGUCUAACCACAUCUUAGACCAAGUUGCGAUAAAAUCUUGUAAUUUCAGGCCAUUGUGAAUAGAUUGGACGAUAAGAUAUUAGUGGAAGAGGAAGGUGCCAAAUUGCUAUUGUAGACUAUCAGAGUUCCCAGAAAUAUGCACUAUCUCACUGAUAGACUACCAAAACCUAAUUAUAAUCCUAUUAGAAUGACAAAAGUAGAUAAAUAUCAGUUUAUUUAAACUUUGGCUGUUUAGAAACAGAACUAAGAAAAUAUGGAAGAAAAUCAUUCUAUGAAUUUUGAUUUCUUGCCAAGAUUGAAUAAUAAAAGAGUUGAUGACAGUCAUGAGAACUCAGUCAUCUCUAAGAACAAUAAAAAGGUCGAUGAUUCUUAACUUGAGAUGUAUUAAAAUAACCAACCUAAAAAUAAUUAAGUGGCUUCUAUUUACAAUCCACCAGUAAAAAAGAUCGCCAGAAUCUCAAAUAAGCAAUCCAAGGUAGAUCCUCUUAAAUAGCCUAAAAAACUGGACAUUGAAGGAGAAUCAAAACCUCUAAUUAUUAAAAGCACUAAAAAUGGAACUGAAGAGAGAACCCCCUUAUUGCCACUUCUACCAAGCAUUAAAAAGGAACCUCAAAAAUUAGAAGAAGAAUAACAACUCAAAAGAAUUAAAUAAACUGAAGAAUUAAUCUAAUAAUUAAAGGAAAGACAACAGAAAUAGAGAAGAAAGUAAAAAUUAAGAAAUCUUGAUAAUUGA